AUGGCUGCUCAAGUAGCUUCAGGAAUGGCAUAUCUAGAAACACAAAACUUCAUCCACAGAGAUUUAGCUGCCAGGAAUGUACUUGUUGGAGAAAACAGUGUUUUACAAAGUAGCAGAUUUGGACUUGCAAGAGUUUUUGAGGUACAACCAUUCAUUUUACAACUAACAAUAAUUUGUGUACACCCUUGUACAUGA